UCUCUCUCUCUCUCUCCUACUAUAUAAACAGAAGAGAGCGCAGGUCGAUUCCCCAUCCCAUUCCAGGUGCCAUCGAACUUGAUUCAGCUCCUUCCCCUAUCCCAUUCCCCAGUCGCGUACGCAGAAGAAAAGGGCACAAGCCAAAGUGACUGAAAGCCUCAUUUUUUUGUGCGGAUUACACAGUCGCGUGCUUUGUCCCUGCAGAUCCGACGUUAUUCCAGCAGAAAUCACGCAAAUUAAACUGAGGGAUAUAAUAUCAGUAGCUGAGGCUUUUGGAAUUGAAUCUAAGCCAAGCCCUGGCUGAGUUUGCUGUGUGUUGAAACUUAAAUGGGUGCAUCUAACGAUCGCAUCAUCACUCUGCAGCCUGUGAAACCAAUGGCUGAAGAGGCUGGCGAUCUACAAAGAUGGGACGAGUUGCUCCCUGAUGCUCUCGGCCUUAUAUUCAAGCAUCUCUCCCUCCAAGAGGUGCUGACGGUGGUGCCCUGUGUCUGUAAGUCGUGGAGGCGGGUAGUCAUGGGGCCCUACUGUUGGCAGGAGAUCGACCUUGACGAUUGGAGCCGCAGCACCAGCCCGGCAAAUGUGGACAGGAUGCUUCAGUUGCUGAUCCCGAGAAGCGGUGGGUCGCUCCGGAAACUCUCUGUUUCGGGCUUAGCCAGCGAGGAAAGCUUUACUUUUAUUGCCAAUCAUGUGCGAGCCCUUCAGACUUUGUGGCUGCCAAGGUGCCAUGUCCCCGAUGGCGUGGUGGAAAACGCAGCGGGCAUGUUUAGGAAUCUCACCAACCUGGACUUGAGCUAUUGCCUCAACGUCGGGGCCGGAGCUCUGCAAGCAAUAGGCUGCAACUGCAGGUCGCUCACUACACUGCGGCGAGUCAUGCACCCGCUGGAGGUGAUCAACAGGCCGUCGCAAGAUGACGAGGGCCUUGCGGUUGCCAGCACGAUGCCUAGGCUGAGGCAUCUCGAGAUCGCGUAUAUGCUCCUGAGCACGUCGACGGCACAGGAGAUCAUCCGGAAAUGCACAAGCUUGGAGCUGCUCGACAUCCGCGGGUGCUGGGAGGUUUAUCUGGAUGAGGAGUUUGCGAGCGGGUUCCCCAACCUGCAGGUGGUUGGGCCUAACGUUGUCGACCCCUACAGCGGUUCUGCCUGGGACAACCUUUCGGAUUCGGGGUCCUCCGGCUACCUCGGGUUCGACUUCAUUGCCGGCGAUCCCGAUGAUGAGGAAGAGUACGAGGAGCUGUGGGGGGGGUCCGAGGGAGAGGGGCAGGAGGAGGAGGGGGAGGCGGCUGCGGCCAGUGACGACGAUGAAGACGUGGAGAUGUGGUGGUACUACUACGGUGACAUUCAAGUUGCCGACAUUGCGGCGGACUGGCCUCAGUCUCCUUGAAUUGUGUUUGUGUAGACUGUAGUAUUGUAUUGUAUUGUAUUGUAUUGUAUCGUAUUAUCUCCUCCGAUUGUCUGUCUGUCUGUCUGUCUGUCGUCGUCGUGUAGGCCCUUUGUUUGUCUGUCUGUCUGUCCAUCUAGUAUAUCUAUAUACCAUCCUCCAUCCAUCUAUACAUACAUACAUACAUACAUAUGGUUAUAUUUA